UUCCCUAAGAAGGCACAACCGCCAUCCACUUAAAGUAGGACAGAAAGCCACAAUGGAAGGAGGCCAGACCCGCACUGUCGUUCCAUCCUACUUAGCGUGGUCCAUCAUCAAUACUUUAUUCUGUUGUCUGCCUCUAGGCAUUGCUGCCAUCGUCUACUCCUGUAAGGCAAAAGAUGCUAAUGCUUGUGGACAGUCCGCUAUAGCUGAGGAUGCAUCAAGAACAGCCAAGAAACUAAACAUCAUCGCACUUGUCUGUGGAAUCAUUGGAAUCAUCAUUGUCAUCGCUCUCAAAGUUUCAAUGCACAAUAAACAACACUGAAGGCACCAGUGUUUGCCGGCUCAUUGCAUCAGAAUCUCAGUGAAGUUUUUGUUAAUAUUGACUUCCCUUCAUCCUCUCACGCAAACACCAAAUAGAACCAGAUGGCUGAAUCUGGCUUUUGGCCAUGCCUUCUGAAGAAGGCAGUUAUGCUGGUUUUGUUAUUUGCUUUUGACUUGUGUAAAAAAAAAAAAAAAA